AUGCACCUGCAAAUCCAUAUCCUACAACCUCACCAUCCCAUCCGCCCCGUCCUCCCCUGCGGUCAAAACCUCGUCGAUCUCCCGCUUUGCUGCCAUUCCACCUCUUCACACACCACCAUCCUCCUCACGCCCGCCGCUUUCCUGACUAUCGCCCUCCCGCCUAAGACACCAGCGCUUACAUUUCUACCGCUGCAGGAGUUGCCAAACGCGCCAAGAGAGAAAGCUAGACCAAGGGUUUUUAGGCCGGCGAGUGAGGUGCUGGGGAAGGCGGGGAGGGAGCUGACGUUUCGGGAGGAGGGGAGGGGGAAGAGAGUCGCUUGUUCGAGGUGUGGGACGCUUUUGUUUGGUAUGACUGGGAGCUUGAAUUUGGAGGUUGUGGGGGAGAGUUUGGAGGGCGAGGGGGAGGAGUGGUUUGUGCCUGUGGAUGGGGUUGUUUGGGAUGGUGUGGGGUUGAAUGUUAUCGGCGAAGAGGGUCGUGGGAGGGUUGAGGGUAGGGGCUUAGUUAAGGGUAGAGAGGAAAUUGUUGAUGGUGGAAGGAAUGGAGAGAGGAAGUGGAAAGUAGACGGGCCGAAGGAGGGGGUUGAGGUUGUUAUUAACGAGGUUGAGGGAAAGGAGUUUAAUAACGUUGAGAUUGAUGGCUAA